GGCUGUCAGGGUUCCUCCUGCUAUCUCAUCAGAAGAUCGUUUGAAUUAGUCAGAAUUUUGAGAAGUUAACACAUUGGGCCACAAUGAUGAAUACUUCGAGAGACAAUUUGAGUUGUUCGCCCCCUAAGCGGUUGGCAGAAGCUGUUAAGAAUGAAGGCAGGAAGACUGAAGGACCUUCAGGUACUCUGGACGUUUACACUCUUCCUCUGGAACCCCAGAUGGUAGAGGGAUGCAAGUGCUUCAUGUUUGGAAAAGCCUCCGGUAAAAUGAACCGCACCAUCAUGGUUCUAGGAGCCACUGGGGCGGGGAAGUCCACCCUGGUCAACAGGAUGAUCAACUACAUCCUGGGGGUCACAUGGGAGGAUACCUUUAGAUUCAAGUUGGUAGACGACGGCACGGCCAAGUCUCAGGCUCACAGCCAGACCUCUGAAGUCACCGUGUACAAGCUCAACCACCGAGAGGGCUUCAAGUUUGACUACUCCCUGACUAUUGUCGACACACCGGGUUUUGGAGACACGAGAGGCAUAGAGAGCGACAGGGUGAUUUUAACUCAGCUGAAAAAGGUCUUCUCAGCUAAACAUGGAGUCAAAGAGAUUGAUGCCAUUUGCGUCGUGGCCAAAGCAUCUCUAAAUCGGCUUACACAAACACAGAAAUACAUCUUUGACGCAGUGCUCAAAAUAUUUGGCAAAAAUGUGGCAGAAAACAUCCGGAUUUUGGUGACAUUCUCAGAUGGCACACCACCUGCGGUUCUCAAUGCGAUCAUAGAGGCCGGGAUCCCAUGUCCUAAACUGAAAAAUGGUUUACCAAUUCACUUCAUCUUCAAUAACGCUGAUAAAAUGAUACCUGAUGCAAACAACGAAGAUGAGGACGAUGAUGAGAACGAGGAGGUUGACCCGUUUAAAUCACUUUGGAACAAGGGAACCAAAAGCAUGUCCCGAUUCUUUUCUGCUCUGAACGACAUUGAGACCAAGAGCUUGAGCUUAACCAAGGAGGUGCUCAAACAGAGAUAUCAGAUGGAGAUCUCCAUUGCGAAUAUCCAGAGUAAGAUGAAAUCGUCCUGGGCUAAAUUUGACGAGAUUGAAAAAAAAUCUAAAAUUCUCUACAGACACAAUUCAGAUAAGACAGCCAAUGAGAAUUUUGAGUUUGAGUCCGAUGAACAAAGGAUUGUUAAAUUUAAAACCGACGAAAAAAACCUUAACUGUGAAAAUUGUAAAUCCACUUGCCACAGAUAUUGCGAUCCACCAUUACAUGCCCCUUACUUUUGUAAGGUCUUUAUCAAUCAUUGUUUUAGCGCAAGAUGUACACAAUGCAAAGAUAAGUGCCCAGUACCGAAUCAUAGCCGUGAUAAUUUCUACUGGGGUUUCGAGAUGGUGAAAGUCAAACAAACCAGCAUGGAGCUGAAAGCAAAGUAUCAGAAGGCCUCUGAGGAAGCCAUAUCCGUUGAAGAUGUCAUCAAAAGGAUGAAAGAGGAGUGCAAAUGCAUAGAGGACGAGGUGGUCAAGCUGAUAGAGCAAUCAGUCGAGUGUCAAAACACCCUGAAUGAGAUCGCUCUGAACCCAAGUCCCCUCUCAACAUCUGAAUACAUGACUUGCUGAUAGAGGGAGAGAAGACAGCGUCCAAGCCCGGCUACCAGAAGCGCAUCGAUAAACUCCAGGGCAUGAAGGCGGGAACCAUUAUGAUGGGGAAGGUUGCUAGCGGGGCCACGGUAGCCUCGAUGUGGGAGCAGGACAGUCCAGUGGUUAGUACCUCUCCCAGCGCAAAAGGGACUGGGUCCAUUUAAUAGCAUGUGUCUACAUAUUAAAGCUUUUGAUUUGAUUACAAGGUUGCUCUUGAUGAGAAUUAACAGAGCAAUGCAAUUGCUAGAAAUUAAACAUGUUGAUGAAAAUGUUUUGUUAAAAAUAUAUAUAUUGGGUCGCAAAUUGGCAGAGUAAAAUGCAUAAAUACGCUUUGUGAUUUAUUUUCCUAAUUAAAAUAGAGUGUUUGUUUAGCUCAGUUGCUGUUCGGCAACUGAUCUGCACUCUCUUUCUCUCUUCUGUUGAAACUUGAUCAUAACAUUGGAUAUGGCUGUAAUGUACUUUUUUGAUAAGAUAAAUACUUUUCUUAUUAUUUUCAAAUUCAUGGUUUGCUGUGUUCUUAAUCAAUAGUUUAUAAAUGUAUAUGUUACGGCAAUUCAUCAUGCAUUCUUGUUAAGUUUGGGUCCCAGGGAGACCCCAAAUGUCUCUUUUGGAUCUCGAACUGAAAAGGUUUUGGACCCCUCUAUUAGAGAUGAACAAAUGCUCUCAAAACAAUAUUACCUAAUGUAUAAUGUUGACACAUAUGUUACCUAAAAGAGAAUUAAAGAUGAAUACGAUGAUC